CUUUGGGCGUGAGUGGAAAUAGCGACGGGCCAAACGCAUCCCAAUAGUGACGGGUACCGUGGGAGUAUUGGGGUGAGUGAGUGAACGAGUGAGGGAAGGAUCUAGUGUCAAACCGAAAAGGCGCGUUCGGCUAACGGCACAAUGCAUCCGCGACGCGGUAUGUUCGACGAUUCGAGACGUCUUCCACCGACGUCUAGUUCAACCUUGUCCCGAUCGACUCAGCGAAACGGUGGGAAAGAAUGGCGGAAGGAACCGCGUGCCGAUGUGGACGACAGGAUCCAGGACGACUUUCCCACGCCGCCCGUUACCCCGGAGAGUUCUGCCGGGGGUUCACCGCCUCAAAACUUAACGAGCUCGACAAUGAAUCGAGAAAGGAGACAGUCCAAGGCAGCCUAUAGUAGAGCAACGGGACCGUUUGUCGGGUCGCCCGGAAGCGCCAGUCCCUCGCACGCCAACGCCUUUUCUCCGAAAGAGAUGAGGAAGGAACCAAUUAUAGUAAAAGGGCAGCAGCAGCGAAGCGAGAAAUUGGAUGCGACGGUGAGGAGCCCGAACACUGCUUCGGACACCGUCCUGGGACGACUUUACGAAGCGGUCGACCAAGUAUGCGCGCCGCGCACCUCUUCCCCGACGGCAAUUGUCGACUACACCACGCCGGAAAGAACCGAAGAGGUGCGCCAACGGCUCACGUUCGAAAGAGAAUGCGGGACGUCGCCGGUGGACGACGGAGAUGACUCUGCUGGGCGAUCGCGCACAACCAGUUUUUUAGACUACCUUACGGGGGGGACGGCGGGGACUACGAUCGCCGACGCUGACGACCAAGGCUUUGAUCUCCUACUCGACGAAAGCAACUCGCAGCCUUUCAGCGAUACGAGAGAGAAGGAUGUUGGAAGGCAGCGCCAGCGCACGCUGAAAGCAACGCGCCGUGGCAACAAAAGUGGACCAAAUACCAAUGCCACAGCAACUCUGGCGCAAUCAUUUUCUGCUGCCCUAGCGUUUUACCAAGGCUCGUCAUCCCCACCGAGAUCACCACUUAAGACGAAUAACAAUCUUCCCAUGCGCAAAAUCAAAUCAGCAGCCAAAGCCGCUUUGGCUGUCAAGGCAUUGAACACCAAGAAGGCAAUUGCGUACCAGGAAGCUGCCCACACCAAACAUACAUCGUCUACCAGCAAUGGAAGUGCUGCACAUGCCCGAGCCACCGCUGCGGACGAGACCACCAUUUCAGCGGUAGUGAUGGCUUUGGAUAACAGUGUGGAAACACUGCGAUCUCCCUCAGGAACGAUGGUGAAACAGACCAACGAAGAGACGGAAGCCCAUGUCAAGCAAGUCUUGGUGGCUUUUAAAGGAGCAGCCAAGGGACCAUUGAGCAGUAUUUCGGAGGAAGAAAUCAUGUCUCGGGAGUCGGCAGAGUUCAAGGUUCACGUAUCGGGCGAAACAGCGAACGUUUGGGGCGACAGCGGUUUGAUCGAAGUGGAAAUGAUCGAUGAGGUAGAAGAAGACAAAGCCUACCCGAUUGAUUCGGUGCAAAACAAUCUCACGAGUGAAGCAACACCUUCUUCGAUGGCCGAAAUUGCAUCUGGUGGAGACGAGAUAGGCGAUCGAUAUUCAUCAAACACAGCGAGUGCAUCGUCCACGUUUCGCUCCAGAGUACAGCAAGUAGAUUCCAAUUCGGAUCUACCGACAAGACUGCUUCGCAAAAAUAGACCUUGGAAGACUAAGCCUUGGAGGAGUACUAGCGGGCUGUUCAAGACCAACUCAUUUGUUGCGAGCAAGAUUGGAGAAACGAAACAGGACGAUCCUGUAACGUCACAAAAGUCCAAGUCAAUAUCGGGUGGAAAACCACAGUGGAAAAUUGCCGUCGACGCUGAAUCUGGUCGUACAUAUUACUACCAUCGAAUUUCACGUGUGACUUCCUGGACAAAGCCACCUGACGGUGAAGUGGGUAUUGAAGUUGAAACCCAAAGUAAAAACGAAAGUUGCAAGGAUGUGGCAAAACCAGAUUUCGAUAAUGUCGUAUGGCAGAAAAAGGAAGAAAUUUCUGCAUUGCUCGAAACGUUGACUCCUUCUGACUACGAGAAUGCGAGACGAUUAAUGGUGCGGUAUAGUGGGAACGAGGACGAGUUGCUAGCGCAGCUACGUAAUUUGGCCCAGUCCCAGCCUUUCGAUGAGUCCUCGGUCAAUGCUGGAGAAUCUGCUAGUUUCGACAACGCAUUGGAUACUGAUAUAGCACUUUCGAGGCCGACGAGUAUGAAGUCUCGCACUGUGACAUUGUCUAGUUUAAAAAGUGGGACCAGCGUCUCUACGAGAGUCUCCGAACAGACUGACGUGAUACGGAACACCGCAAAUGGACGUCGCCGCGGUUCGAACAAGAUGGAAAGCGACAGUUCUGUCACGAGCAUCUCGAGUCAACAUGAUGACAUUUGGAGACCCGGUGCACGUAUUCCAUACUCGGGAAAGCCAUUACGUAUGGAUCGCAUUCCGAGCCGAAUUCCUGUUCCGCGCGUACGUGAACUCGUGGCGGAAGAUCUCUCCUCGCCAAAGGGCUUCCGCAUUAGCCAAAAGAUAAGCGUUGCCCACAAUUCUCAGCCCACAAUUUCCAGGAGAGUAAAGUCCCUUUCUCCCCCGGAAGGAAAUGAAAAUACAGGCUCAAAGGAUGAUUUAAAACAGACGGAUGAAAUCAAAGACUUCGAUUCCAUGGGUUUGAAUGACGACAUUUCCGCAUUGAGCAUGGCUGAUAUCGACUACCCAGGACACAGAAUCUGUGACACUCACGGAGCCCGUCGCCGCCCGGUUGAUGAUGUGUUUGCACGUAAAGAAUCACAUUUGGUGGCAGCGCAGUCCGGCGGAACUCUUCACUCCAAGCAACCUGUAACGGGCUCCCCAGCACAUCGAUGGACUCAAGCACAGUUAGAUGGCUUUAUUGCGCUGAACGACUGGGACGCGGUAGCGAAGCAUAUUUCCCAAGUCCAAGGCACUAAUAGGAAAGUUAAGACUGAGAAGAAUGCUGUGGCUUUUCAUUCAAGGAUCGCAUUUGAAAUGCAACAAGAGCCGCUGGUUCAACGCAGCCAGUAUGAUGAAGUGAACGGCGGUCACGUACAAAAGCGUCUCGGAGGGCGCUUUCAACGGCGACAUGACGGCAUGCACUCCGCUUCAAGCCGAGAUAUGUCUUCUGUUGAUGAUACAGACGCGUUCAGCACGGUGAGCGAAUACGCGGAAGAACGACGGAGACGUUCCAACAGGAUACGACGAGCUACGAGAGGAUUUCAUUGA